AUGGACGAUGGCUCCAAGCGCAAAGCAAUUGAUCCAUCUACUGAUCCGUACUAUCUUCGCCACCCCAUCAGAACGCUAACGCUGCUAUUCUUAGCCUGGAAAGCGAUCCUGGACCCCAUUAUUGCUAUCUCUCCUGGUCUUGGCUACGAUACCUCCACAAACCUGUUGGCGGUUUCUUCACCGUCGAUCGCUUUUGAUGCUGAUUCCUUAGCCACGUGGUUUGACCUGCUGCUGUCGAUAGCAAAUUCUUCGUCCUCGGGGAUUUGGAACUUUGUGAGAUGGGAUGCUAUUUACUUUGUUCGCGUGGCUGAAAGAGGGUAUCUGUUUGAGCAAGAGUGGGCUUGGGGCUAUGGAUGGACGGGGUCGUUGAGCUUCCUCGGUUCUGCUUUCGCAAACACCAAUGGCUCCGUCCCUUUAUCGGCAAUCGCAGUUAGCGGCAUUGCGAUCUCCCAUGCCAGCCAUUUCCUAUCGGCAUUAGUUCUGCACGCCCUCACGAAAUCUUUGUUUGGACACGAAACACAAUCUCAGAAAGCGUUCUGCCUCGUCUCUGCUGCCCUUCAUAUAAUCUCCCCGGCGGGGGCGUUUCUCUCUGCUCCAUACGGCGAAUCGCUAUUCUCGCUGUUGAACUUCACUGGCUUCUACGUUUAUUCGUCCGCUUUGCUUGCCGAGAAUGCUAGACACCAAGCACGGCGUGAUAUUCUCUUUGUGCUGGCGGGKAUCAUAUUUGCUACGGCUACUACAAUCCGGGGAAAUGGUAUUAUAAGUGGUUGUUUGUUUGCAUAUGAUGCUGUGCAGGGGACUUGGCAGUUUCUGAACAGCGGACUUUCGAUUGACUUGAUCCGUCGGACGGCCUUUGUUGUCCUUGGUGGUAGCAUCGUUGCUCUGGGUUCGAUCAUACCCCAGUACAUCGCUUACACGGAGUAUUGUGUAGCCGCCACCCGGCCAUGGUGUGAGCGACUAUUGCCUAGUGUAUAUAGUUGGGUUCAAGUUCAUUACUGGAACAACGGCUUCUUAAGAUACUGGACUGUGUCUAAUCUGCCGCUAUUCAUACUAGCAGCGCCUGUGCUCACAGCAAUGCUAUACUCCUCGUUCAGAGCACUGACAGGGCGUCUCGGACCAUAUCACAUCGAUCACGUGUCUAUAUCCCAAAUGAACACCUCCCAAACUGUGGUCCUUCGUCUCGCCAUUGCGCAAGGCAUCCUCGCAACGAUGACCCUUACUAGUCUCCACAUUCAGAUCAUCAACCGCAUUGCGUCUGGUUAUCCCGUGUGGUAUUGGUAUCUCGCUACCUCGGCAUGGGCUUCUUCCAAACCACUCAGCAGUUGGGUUUUCGCCACGGCAAUUCAAGGAAUGGCCAUGUACGCGCUGAUACAGGCGGUCCUAAAUACUGCAGACCGCAUCGCCUCAAUCCUCACCUCCGAAAACUUCCAAAAUGGUCACGAAAUGUCAAGAGCCACAUCUCCGGGUGGAGAACCCGUGGAAACAGAUGGCUCAAAAAAAGCCCGAGUGCGACCUCGCACCUACCCAUAUUUCAGCUACUUGCCCUACCAGGCCGAAGACGACAGCCAGCGAGAGCACGAUUUACAUGAGAUUCUGAGUUGUUUAUAUGUUGCUAUCAAGGCGGGGGAUUUUAGUCCCGGCGCUGUGCACUGGACGAGAGAGUUGAGAGGGUGGCUUUCGCUGAAGUUUGAUCCUACUCGUGAAGAGCGCAUUAAGCUUGUGAGGCUUUAUUAUGAAUUGUCGCUUGCGCCGGGGAUAGAUCCGAAUGUGGCGGAACGGUUUGCGAGCAUGUUUAUGCUUCUUACAAAACGGAAACAUUACCUUCGACCCGUGAAAGAUCUGGUGCUGGACUGGAAACCCCUGUUCAAAGAAAUUAAAGCUUUCGUUUUACCGACCGAAUCCGGCUUGAUUCAAUCGACGAACUUGAAGCGCAAUAUUAAGACUCUCACAAAGCUCUGUGCAUUUGCUCAGCUUUAUUUUGAUCCAUGCGAAGUACCGGCGAUGCUGGAGGAAUUCCUUCCUCAUUUCACAACAUCGUUUUCAGAAGGCGCCUUUGUCGUUGUUGGGUUGAUGAAUUUAUUGCUGCCCACAUCUCCCGCACCAGAACCCCGAGAUGACCUCCGGCCACAGAAAUUCCUGCCUACCUACUUCCACCUGUGGUCUCUUGUCAACCGGUCAAAGACGUUUGACAUGAAUUUCCUGGAUCUUUUGUCUCGACUUGCAAGAGACUCCUUGCCAGCAUCCCAUAUCCCGUUUUCCGAAUAUGGUAUCUUUACCAAGGAUCAAUCCUCCGUCAUCUUUACAGCCAUUCUUAGACUGCUUGAAAUCCCCGUKGGGMAAGCCACUUCUCCAUAUAGUGCCUUAGUUGAUAUCUCGUCUGGUUUGGGUAUCAUGCUCGACCGCGAUUCAAGAAAGCACCCUGUUGCGCACCAUAUAGCCCGCUGGAUUGUGAUGUCCUUGUCCCCUGCAUGCUUGGAUUCUCCGGAUUCAAUCCUUCAUCAGCUGGAGGGUCUCAUACAGGCUGUAGAGACAUUUUUCCACCCUUCCAACUCUGGAAAUUGGACCAAGACGCUCGCACAGUUGGUUUAUUACCUAUCUGAUUUCUUCAUCAUGCGAUGGAACCGCGAGCACAAUGGGGAAAUGGAGGUGCCUCCUGAAAGGAAGCUCAACGAGCCUUUGAGGAAACGAUUUGUGUUGUGUCUGCGCGAUGUGAUCUUCAUGGGUAUCUACGCAAAGAGCGGAACCGCAAUGAACUUUUCUCUCUCUACCUUGCAAAGUCUAGCGUAUCUUGAACCUCAGCUGAUCUUACCCGGUGCUCUGCAACGAAUAUAUCCGUCUAUGCAAGGAUUAGUCGAAGUGCAUCGAACAACUUCAUCACUCAGGUCUUUACAAAUUCUGUCCAGGAUCAUCGCUCGCACCAAAGGAUUCCGUUGCCACAUGACGACUUUGCUAGGUCUUGCUCUACCUGGUAUCGACGCCAACGAUCUGGAAAAGUCCAUGCACGCAUUGUCCUUUAUCCAAUCAGUCUGCUAUAACAUCCCGUUUGAAGACUUGACAAAAGGACGAGAUGACGUUAAUUGCAACAUGCUGGCUAUGCAAUGGAUAACCGGUGAGGUUGAGAGAAUGGAGGUCGAAGGCGCCAAUGUGCAGCUCAAUUACGACACAGACUUGAGUGACGAGACCGAGGAAAUGAUUCUCCGUUCAUCCACCACCGGAUUUGGCGAGUUUUUGACCUCAUUUCUCGGACGAGUCUUUACUCUAUUGGAGAACCUUCCUGAUGCCUCACGGGUGAAGAGCGGCUCACCUGAGGAGAACGUUGUCAAUACACUUCCUGCAACUCUUAUGCCGUUAUUAUCGGCCUUAUCUCCUGAACUGUACGAUAUGGCUCUGCAGAAGGUCGUUGAUUUCGUCUCGAACCACGUAAUCCACCAGGCCAGGGACGCAAUGGCUUUCAUCUGUAAUGCGGUUUGCAAGGUGAACUCUGAAAAGGCUCUCAAACGUUUUGUGCCCCUCUUGAUUCAAGCUAUCCGUUCUGAAAUCGACGAGAAUGGUGCAGCUUCUACACGAACAACCGGAUCAGAGGUUCUUCCAAGAGAUAGGGCCCUAGUAUGGAAUGUCAGCAUGCUGAGCAUGUGCGUUGUUCACGUCGGGAGUGCAGUCCUCAAUCACAAGAAAGAGCUUCUGGACAUCGCGAUUUACAUGCAAGAAAAGUGCAAAGGCAUCCCGACUAUUCACGUUUCGAAUUUCAUCCAUCAUCUCCUACUCAACCUCACGGUUACCUACACCUUGGAUUUCGGCCUUUUCGAACAUGAAGAUAUCAAGGACGGAAUCAAAAUCGAGCACUGGGGCUAUCGUCCCGAUCCUCGCAACCUCAACAUCAACUGGCACAUACCCAACCGGGAAGAGAUUGAAUUUGCUGUAGCACUCUUCCAGAGUCAAGCAGAAAGCGCAUUGUCACAGCUCACUGCUUUGACCGACGGAACGUCUAGCGUGAAACGUGAUGGAAGUGGAAAAGAGUGGUCUGAUGAAGUGACACGGAAAUUAGUGCUGCUCCGACUCAUCAUUUCUGGCAUCUCUGUGCUUUUUGAUCCAAAGGCUGCUUCCAAGGCUGGCGAUGACACCAAUGGAUCUGCCAGUGACGUUGAGAUGACCAACGGGCACGUUACCGAGGAAGAAGACCAGGAUAACAAUGAUUCUUCUCUUGACAGCUCCGACGAAGAGGCCGUGCGGGAGACCUUCACCUACCCCACUGGAUACUCAUUGACAGAGGAUGAUCCUCUGUACCAUACCAUACAUAGUAUCCGGAAGCGGGCGGGUUUCAUUCUUCACGAUGUACAUCGAUUCCUUACCGACAAACAAGAAGAUGAUGUACCUUGUUUUGGAGCUUUGUAUACUGCUUACAGGUCCUGGUUCAUUGAUGUUGGAAUUGAGAGAUCAGCCCACGUGCUGGAUCGAGUCACACGUCUUCUUGCCGCGGACAUUCAUCCUUACAAAGUGAGUGGAGUCCGCAAGGACUACCCACGACCACUUCUCGUUCGAAGAGCGAAUGUGUAUCAUCUACAGCGUUUGAGACAUAAUGCUGCGCCUCGACCAAGAUCGAAGCUUGAUGAAGUCCUGUUCCUUGAUUUAGCCGAAUCGAGUGUCUCCCUUUAUACAGACAUCAGAAGAAAUGCCCAGAACGCUGGCGAAUCUGCGCUGAAGGCCGUCUGGGGAUCUCGGCUAGUGGUUAUACCUCCGCUACUAAAAGCUCUGCAAAAAGCCAUCAAGGAAAAUGAUCAUGCCAGGAUAAAGGGUGCUUUGUACUCACUCUUGUACGGAAGUCUGGCCAAAACGGUCGGACGCCACUGGAAAUAUACUCCGGACGUCGUUCGAGCUUUCAUAGACGCCAGUAGCGUCGACAAGCCGUCCGUGCAAAAACUGUGCUCGGGUGCUAUCUUUCAGAUCAUGGACUACGGCCGGCCUCUAGAACGAAUGGCUGUGCUCAAUGAGGAGCUCGUCAAUGCAAUUGCACCAGCUGAAAAUGUUGAAGACACAAUCAUACAAAAGCGUAAAUCGAUCAGCAAGAAACGUGUGCAGAUUGAAGGCAAGAAAGCAGAACUUGCCGAAGAGCUGGUGGAGAUGGCCCAAACUUCGCACUGGAAGAUUGCUAGUCGGGCUGCUAGCAUUGUAGUCAGCAUGGGUUUGAGAUUUGAUCAUAUCGCAAGCGAGAAGCUUAUAGAUUUGGUGACCAAGGGAUCUAUCGAUACACAUCCUGGUCUUCGUGGAAUGUAUUCGCAGGCUCUGAUAGCUCUCUUCACUAUGAUUGAUGUUCGUGCCAUCUGCAAUCAUAGCUACGAGAAUUACAUCCUCGGGGAGCAGACUUUCCUGGCCCGGAUACAAGUCGCUACUAAACGGUAUGAGAAAGGAUGGACAGAAGAGUACUUGGCUAGCUUCGCCAAACCUUCAGCAGAAUACUACAUCGACCAUGAUUUCCCUGGGUGGCUGGUAUGGUCGAGCAAGAUGCCUGCAUACAAGGCUAACAUUAAAAGAGACAUUGAAUAUGACGAUGUAGAAUGGACGAUUCGGAAGCAUAUGGGCCAGCUUCUUGAUCGCCAAUGGUUCCGCAGUUUCUUUGCCUAUCUCAAACAAGAACCUCGUGAUGCAUCUGCUGAUAAAUUCCGCAUGGCAUGUGCCAUGAUGCUGCUGUAUACAUUUGAGUUGAUGAUCAGAGACGGACUGACUGCGGCUACCUUUGAAGAGAUUAAAGAAGAGGUUGAGCUGGUUUUUGAGGAUGGAAGUGACAAACAUCAACACAGAGCGACAGCAGAGAUCCUCGGUGCAUUGAUUAGCUCUGUUGCAGACACCGACGUUGAAAAAAGGAAUAUGGUCUGGGAAUACGCCUUUCCCAUGGUCAAGAAAAUCUUGGAAGACGGUCUUACUCCUGAAAAUUCCGGGUACUGGACAACUUUCUUGCACAUGAUUCUUCAAUGCAGAGAUCCUCGUCGUGCUUGGCCGUUGGUUGAUUGGCUGGCGUCGUUCAAGCUUGACAUGGCGUCCAAUGCGGCUUUCAAAGAGAGCUCCAAGAUUAGUCUCUUGCACCAGUGCAUUAUAGACGCAGGCUGGCACUUUCAGCUUGAGAAGCCGAUUGUGGAAGAUUUUGUCGCUCAUCUGGAUCAUCCAUAUAAGGGAGUGCGUGAGGCUAUGGGUCAUACUUUGGGAUCGAUAUUUCGGACUAGAUACCACGAAUCCCAUGCAGAUGUCGAUAGCUUGAUCGAGGCUCAAAGCUCUUCAUCGUCUAUCGGAACCUAUCCUUAUGAUCCAUCAAAGGACUUUUCGGAAAUGCUGACCACAGUCUUCGAGAGGCUCAAAGUGUGGCGACACGAACGUCAGCCAGGCCAGCAGACUCCUUCGUCGUACACAUCCGGAAGCAAGACGGUGCUACUCUGGCUCGACUCGACACUGUCUUCCCACGAAUGCACGCAAUUAGUACCGUUCUUUGCGACGACAUUUACCGAAGAAUUGCUGCAUAUGAUGGAUGUCAAAGAAGACCCCGAACUCCAAUCACUCGCGUACCACGUUUUCCGCCAUCUCCCUAAUAUUCCUUAUCCAGCCGAGAAUGAGUCCGCCUUUAUCCAAACCCUGGUGCAUAUCGGACAGCGUGCGACAUCAUGGCAUCAGCGACUCCGUGUCAUGAUCAACAUGCAAAUCAUCUACUUCCGCCGCUUGUUCCUGCUCUCUGCAGGCGACCGCGACAAGCUCUUCGAAUGUAUCGCCAACAUGCUCCAAGACAGCCAACACGAAGUCCGCGUCGGCGCAUCCGCAACCCUCUCCGGCAUGAUCCGAUGUUCCCCCAUCGCCUUACGAGAAGCAUACGUCGCAAAAUACCAAGAACGAUUCACAAAGACCCUCGUCGAAAACCCAUUACCCAAAAAACCGAAAAAUCACAUUGGUCGCUCAUCAGCUACAUCCAGUCGAACGGGUACACCGACGCCUGAACACACGCGAUUAGUCAUAGUCCGACACGCCGCUGUUUUGGGCCUGGGCGCUUUGGUCCAGGCUUUCCCUUAUGCAAGUCCGCCACCGUCUUGGAUGCCGGAUGCGUUGACGACGCUGAGCACCAAAGCCGCGCAUGACCCUGGCGUCGUUGGUUCGAGCGUGAAGAGUAUCAUUAGUGAGUUUAAGAAGACGAGACAGGAUACUUGGCAUAUUGAUCAAAAGGCUUUUACGUCAGAUCAACUCGAGGAUCUGUCGGGAGUUUUGUGGAAGAGUUAUUUUGCGUAG